GAGGCGGUGCGGACCUCUUGGUCUCCCUGCGGGCUGCGUGGGUGGAGCGGCCCGAGUUUCUGCGCUGUUUGGUGUAGCUGCCGGGGAUAGGCCAUGCGCCUGGAGCACGGCCUGAACGUUGGAGCUGCUAGCCUGCUGCCACGGCUCCCUGAACUCCCUGGUAUGGUGUUGGAAGGACUACCCAGACUGCAAAUACCGGGACGUGAGCCCUUGGGAACCAUCUAGGAGGCUGACUACCUCCCUGACCUGUUCUGGCAGCACCCGUAGAACCUGGUGCUGUGAAUGGGUAGGAGACGCCAGGCAUUCAGAAGUUGGGUGGUGCAGAACAUGCCUCUGCCACCCCAAAAUUCUGCUAUUGCCCAAGACCACGCUCACUGGUGCUCAUGACCCACACUGGCCCAUCACUCCCCGGUGUGUUUGACAUUCUGGGCGCUGCAGGCCAGGACAAGCUCUUGUAUCUGAAGCACAAACUGAAGACCCUGCGCUCGAGUGGCCAAGGGGCCGAUCUCCUGCAUGCCAUGGUGCUCCUGAAGUUAGGCAAGGACACGGAGGCCAGGAUCUCUCUGGAGGCACUUAAGGCAGAUGCAGUGGCCCGGCUGGUGGCCCAGCAGUGGGCUGGCAUGGACAGCACUGAGGCCCCUGAAGAGCCUCCAGACAUGCCCUGGGUCGUUGCUCGCCUAUACCACCUACUGGUAGAGGAGAAUCUGUGUCCAGCCUCCUUGCGGGACGCGGCCUACCAGGCAGCCCUCUAUGCCCUCAGCUCCAGGGAUGACUACCAGCUGAGGGACCUCCAGGAUGAGGCCCAAGAACGGUGUGGAUGGGAUGUUAUCCAGGAUCCCGGGGGCUUCCGGACUCUUCACUCUGAUCUGGGCUGCCUCCCACCAUCUUCAACUCUACCCUCUGGGACCCGCAGCCUUCCCCGUCCCAUAGAUGACCCACUGGGCUGGAGCCAAGGGCACUCCCUACGAUCUACCGAUAGCCCAGCCUCCCUGGCCAGCAACUUAGAAAUCAGCCAGUCACCCACCAUGCCCCUCCUCAGCCAACACCGUAGCCCCCAUGGGCCCAGCAAGCUCUGUGAUGGCCCACAAGCUCGCACAGUGUCCAGGCCUGUCCCCAGCAGCUGCCAGGAGCCCGAGGAAAUGAGCUGGCCCACCUCGGGGGAGAUUGCUGGCUCCCCAGAGCCCCCAAGGUCCCCAGAGCUUCCCAAGGUGGCCCUAGAUCCAGCCCCUGCUGGCCUCCCUGACAAUCCCAAAACUCCAGGAAUCAGCACCCACUACCCAGUACAGUGCACGGAGGUGUUGGCAGCCCCUGGGUCUCUCACUUCACCCAUUCUGGAGCCUGUUGGAGACCCCUGCUCUGACAAACACCAGGCACCACAUCCACUUUCUGAAGAAGAUACCACGUCCCCAGAUACCAAGUCAUGCCCAGCUAUUCCCUCGAUCCCCAAAAUGUCUCCUCCCGAAACGUCCCCUCCUCUUCCUCCAUCAGCUCCUUGUUCUGCUCACCUGGCCAACUCAUCCCCAUGCCCUUCCUCUUCCGAGGUGUCACCAGAGCAGAAAUUCUAUAACUUUGUGAUCCUCCAUGCCAAGGCAGAUGAACACAUUGCCCUGCGGGUUCGGGAGAAGUUGGAGGCCCUCGGUGUGUCUGAUGGGGCCACUUUCUGUGAGGAUUUCCAGGUGCCUGGGCGUGGUGAGCUACACUGCCUGCAGGAUGCCAUAGACCACUCAGCCUUCAUCAUCCUGCUGCUCACCUCCAGCUUUGACUGCCGCCUAAGCCUGCACCAGGUGAGCCACGCCCUGAUGAGCAGCUUUAUGCGACUUGGGUGGCAGGACUGUGUGGUGCCCUUCCUGCCACUGGAGAGCUCCCCCACCCAGCUCCGCUCUGAUGCUGCCAGCCUGCUUACCAGCCUGGUGUGGCUGGAUGAACACUCCCCGAUCUUCGCCAGGAAAGUGGCCAAUACCUUCAAGUCACAGAAGCUUCGGGCCCGCAAGGCUAACUGGAGGAAGGAACAGGAUGCCCGGGCCCUGCGGGAGCAGAGCCAACACCUGGAGGGUGAGCGGAUGCAGGCGGCCGCCCUGAACAAUGCGUACACCACCUACCUCCAGAGCUACUUGGCCUGGCAGGCACAGAUGGAGCACCUCCAGAUGGCUUUUGGGAGCCACAUGUCAUUUGGGACUAGGAUGCCCUUUGGUGGGGGCCCAGUGCCCCAGGGAGCCCCACCACCCUUCCCGACCUGGCCGGGCUGCCCACAGCCACCACCCCUACAGCAUCCGUGGCAGGCUGGCAUCCCACCACCAGCCUUCCCGCAGCCACCGGCCUUCCCCACAGCCUCCCCUGCCUCUCCUCUGAGCCCCGGACUGCAGCCCCUCAUCAUCCACCAUGCUCAGAUGGUGCAGCUGGGGCUCAACAACCACAUGUGGAACCAGCGAGGGGCCCAAGCGCCUGAGGACAAAACACAGGAGGCAGAGUGACCACACGUCCAAGCUUAGGGAACACACCUGGGCUGAUGAGUGCUUUGAGUAGGGUCACAACUACCCCCCGAUCUGCUCCCCUGGGGACAGUGGAAGAUUGGGUCACCUGCUUCAUCUAGGACAGUGCCUGGAGCCCUUCAUUUCUCAGGAAAUAUAGCAAAACAGGCUGCAAGGACUUCCUGGCCUCCAGGGUGGUCAGAACGGGACACUGUUUACAUUUUCAGUUUCUGUGUCUCUGGGUAGGGGGUCUUGGGUGGUGGGGGAUAUUGGUAGGGUCUUUUAACUAUAAUAAAUAUUUAUUUAAUGGUCCAGCAGUACCACUGCCCUUAGGAAACCUCUGCCUAGCGAUUUGCUAAGAAACGCAUGGCUAUUAUUACUCCGAAGGGGAACCAGAAUGAAGAAGAGCAGCCGUCCCUUGCUGAGUGAACCGAUCUGAUUGGGCAGAAAGUGGUCAAGUGGUACUCACUGCAAGGGAAGCUGGGAAAUGUAGUCAUGUGAGCGGCCACAUGUCUGGCUGAACCGUCCUAGCACAAAUACCAAAAAAGGUAGGAAGAAAAGAUACUGGGGGGCAUUUAGCAGUUUUUGCUACUGCCUUUCUCCUUCCGUUUCCUUCGGGGAUCUGCCUUGAUACCACCACCAAAGCUGACCUCAGAUCCCACUGUGUGAUCUUGGGCAAGUGCCUACACCUCUCUGAGCCUCUUUUUCCUCAUCUGAGAAGUGGGUCUGUGGAGAUUAUUGUUUUAAGACCAACAUACUGUGUGCAAUAACACGUAAACACCAGGCACAUUGUAUACCAGGUGCAGUGCACAUUAAGUAUAUGGGUGGGCCCUACAUGGAGGGAGAGGGAGAAUAAGAGUAGAGUUAACCCACUUGAGCUAAAGUGAGACCCCAUCUCUAAAAAUAGCCGGAGAUUGUGGCGGGCACCUAUGGUCCCAGCUACUCGGGAGGCUGAGGCAAGAGAAUCACUUGAGCCCAAGAGUUUGAGGUUGCUGUGAGCUAUGAUGCCACAUUACUCUACUGAGGGUGACAAAAUAAAACUGUCUAAAAAAAAAAGCAUAGAGUUAACAUUUGUUGAGCACUUAACAUUUAUCAAUUCCUAAGGCUUUAUAAGCACAUAAACACAUUUUAAUUCUCAAAUGACCCCUAAUGGUAGAAGCUUCUAAUAGACCCAUUUUGGAGAUGGAGAAAACUGAGGCCCAAAGGGGAAUUUUAGCCCCUACAGUCACACAGAUCAGAAGUAGAUCACAAUUGAAGAAGCUAAAUUUCCAAGGAAGGGAAUGAAGGAGACAAAAUUGUACCUACUGAGG